UUCCUUUCCAUUUCUGUCUUCUUAAAGGAGAGGCUAUGUGCAUUUUCUAUGUGGGUUUGGCCAGAUUUCUAUGUUUCAGUAGCUCAAAUCUGAUAUUUGGUGAAUAAAGCGGAGCUCAGAAGAUGAGUUCGGGUUUAAAUGACACAUUAUCUCGGAAAUACAGUGGUUUGGAGCUAUGGGAGAUAAUAGUGAUUGUUCUCUCAGCGAUUUUCGUUGUAGUUUUAGCUAUAUCACUAUGGCUUACUUUCAGAAGAAAAACCUCUAGAUCUUCUUCUAAUCUAGUCCCUGUUAGCCGUCAGAUUACUACUAGCGUUCCUGAAGAAAUUAAAGAGAUUAGAGUCGACGAGGUUUCUUCAAGCAAUGGUGGCAAUGGAUAUCCCUCUAUUAGUGAGAAGUUUGGAGAUAAAGAACCUGAAAAGGGGAUAGUAGUAGCAGAGUCAGAAAAUGGAGAUAGUAGCCGAUCAGGCUCGUUUAAUCACUUGGAGAAAAAAGAUGGCUCGAGCGUUUCUUCUGCUAAUCCUUUGACAGCUCCAUCUCCUUUGUCUGGUCUUCCUGAGUUUUCUCACCUCGGUUGGGGACAUUGGUUUACUCUUAGAGAUCUUCAGAUGGCUACAAAUCAGUUUUCGAGGGAUAAUAUCAUUGGUGAUGGUGGAUAUGGAGUUGUUUACCGUGGCAACCUUGUUAAUGGUACUCCUGUUGCUGUUAAAAAGUUGCUCAACAAUCUAGGGCAAGCUGACAAAGACUUCAGGGUAGAAGUUGAAGCUAUAGGUCAUGUUCGCCACAAAAACUUGGUCCGCCUUCUUGGAUAUUGCAUGGAAGGAACACAGAGGAUGCUGGUAUAUGAGUAUGUUAACAAUGGAAAUUUGGAGCAAUGGCUCCGUGGAGACAAUCAAAAUCAUGAAUAUCUUACAUGGGAGGCACGAGUAAAAAUUCUUAUUGGAACAGCCAAAGCGCUCGCGUAUCUUCACGAGGCGAUUGAGCCAAAAGUGGUGCACAGAGACAUAAAGUCCAGCAACAUUCUGAUUGAUGACAAAUUCAAUUCUAAAAUUUCUGACUUUGGACUUGCCAAACUGCUUGGCGCUGAUAAAAGUUUUAUAACUACUAGAGUUAUGGGUACCUUUGGCUAUGUAGCUCCAGAGUAUGCGAAUUCCGGUCUUCUCAAUGAGAAAAGUGAUGUCUACAGCUUUGGGGUUGUACUCUUGGAAGCUAUAACUGGUAGAUAUCCUGUAGACUAUGCUCGCCCACCACCUGAGGUACAUUUGGUGGAAUGGCUGAAGAUGAUGGUCCAACAAAGACGAUCAGAAGAAGUGAUUGACCCAAACCUGGAGACAAAACCAUCUACAAGUGCUUUAAAAAGAACACUCUUGACUGCUCUAAGAUGUGUUGAUCCAAUGUCUGAGAAACGACCGAGGAUGAGCCAAGUUGCCCGUAUGCUUGAAUCCGAAGAAUACCCAAUUCCUAGAGAGGAUAGGAGAAGACGAAGGAGUCAGAAUGGGGCAACAAGAGAUUCAGAUCCUCCUAGGAAUAGCACAGACACGGACAAGAGUGAGUACCAUGACCUAAAGCCUGAAGCUGGAUAGCCAUUGGAAAAAAUCGAGGUGUAAAUUGUCGUAAAGUUUCGAGCUUUAUGUGAAGUUUCAAGUCCUUGGUUCUUCUCCAGAUCUUCUGCGUUAUGUGAUGUUUCUUUUCUUUUGUAAUAAGGAGAGAGAGAGAGAGGGUGAGUGAGUGUUCAUUGUUGUUGCUUGUAUAGUAUAUGUUUGUUGUAUUGUACUUUGCUUCUCCACGUUUUGCUAUGUAGGUUUGUUUUUGGACCAAGAAAACGUUAUUUGCAGGUUUUGUAGGAUCUUUAUGUUAAGUCUUUGAGAAAACGACGUGUAGUUUGCAAUUUGCUUGUG